AAUAUCAAGAAGAGAACACUUGUGAUCCUAUUAGCGAGUGACGAGUGACGAGACGAUCGAUAGGGUUUAGGUGGGUGUUCGAAUGGAAGGAAAGAGAAGCAAGGUGCGUAUGUGCUGCUUAUGCAACCAAUCAAGAGCUUCUCUUAAUAGACCUAAAACCCUUCAACAGAUUUGCAGAGAUUGUUUCUACCUCUCUUUCGAAAAUGAAAUUCACCAACUCAUCAUUGAUAAUCACCUCUUCACUCCCGGCGACCGCGUCGCUAUCGGCGCUUCCGGCGGUAAAGACUCCACCGUUCUCGCCUAUGUUUUAUCCAAACUCAACCGCGUUCACAAUUACGGUCUCAAUCUCUUCCUCCUCUCCGUUGACGAAGGCAUCACCGGCUACCGCGACGAUUCCCUCGAAACCGUUCACAGGAACCAGGUUCAGUUCGGAUUACCUCUCAAAGUUGUAUCCUACAAGGACUUGUACGGAUGGACUAUGGACGAGAUCGUCAAACUCAUCGGUCUCAAGAACAAUUGCACUUUCUGUGGCGUCUUCCGUCGCCAGGCUCUCGAUCGAGGCGCCGCUUUCCUCAAAGCCGAUAAACUGGUAACCGGACACAACGCCGACGACAUAGCAGAGACGGUUCUGUUGAACAUAUUAAGAGGAGAUAUAGCUAGAUUAAGUAGAUGCAGUUCAAUAAUAACAGGUGAAGACGGACCGAUUCCUAGAUGCAAACCUUUCAAGUACACUUACGAAAAAGAGAUUGUUAUGUAUGCAUAUUUCAAGAGACUCGAUUACUUUUCUACUGAAUGCAUUUAUUCUCCAAAUGCAUAUCGUGGUUUUGCUCGUGAGUUCAUCAAGGAUUUGGAGAGAAUCAGACCAAGGGCCAUUCUUGACAUCAUAAAAUCCGGGGAGAAUUUCAGGAUUUCUACCAAUACCAAAAUGCCUGAGCAGGGAACCUGUGAACGAUGUGGUUAUAUUUCUAGUCAGAAAUGGUGUAAGGCUUGUGUCCUGCUUGAUGGAUUGAAUCGAGGUUUGCCUAAACUGGGAAUUGGUCGCAGUCGGCCUGGCAUUGGCUGCAAGGAAGAAAAUGAAAGCCGUGGAGUAAAGAGCAUCGAGAGCAAACAAUGUGGAUCUUUGGACUUCUGAUUUUCUUUAAUCGGUGGGUUCUAUGUACUAUUUAUAACCAACGAUACUUGCGGUUAAUAUCUAUCAGUGAAUUUCAUGGCAGUUAGUAGAAAUGUCGAUAUAUCUGAUGACAAAUAGGCUUUGCAGCAUGUCCGUGCAUAUCAAGACAUUGAUCAAAACAAGAAGUCUAGAAUAGUUGCGUUGUUAUUUCCAGAUUUUGUUACUUUAUCUUGUAGUUAUACAUCUCUAGCUUUAAUUUUUGUGGGCAAUAUUUUGUCGAACACUUAAAACAUAAUCGUCAAUACAAAUCAAUGUAUUUUACAAUGGAACCUCAAGCAUUGGCUUGCAUAUCCUUUAGACAUUACUACAUUAGACAUGCAACUUGAGUUUUGAUAUUGCAAUCUUGCUUAUGUUCUUCUCU